AUGCCUUUAUCACACUUCAGUUCGACCGAAACCCUCACAGAGCCCGGGGUCACAACGAAGUCGGUCACUUCCAGCCCUACCCUCGCCCCCCAGGAUGAGAAGGAUAUUUCACUCCCAUCGACGCCAGCACAGUCAUUUAAUCUUGAGGCCCAAGCCUCAAUACCACCACCAUACCAUGUGUUUCCGCGAUCUCGCAAGUUGCUGAUGGUCUACAUCGUCUCAUUCGCCGCCAUUUUCUCCCCACUAUCUUCAAACAUCUACUUUCCUGCACUCACAGAUAUCUCAGAGGAGCUCGAUAUCUCCAUAGCUAUGGCUACUCUGACCGUUACGGUAUACAUGAUUGUCCAGGGUCUUGCCCCGAGCUUUUGGGGUUCUUUCUCGGAUGUCUUGGGCCGCCGUAUUAUCUUCAUUGGAACAUUCUGCGUCUAUAUUAUUUCUAACGUUGCCUUGGGCGUAUCUACGAACUAUGGUGAGCUCAUGGCUUUCCGAGCCAUCCAGGCCGCCGGAAGUGCAGCCACCAUCUCAAUUGGCGCCGGCGUCAUUGGCGAUAUUACCACCUCAGCAGAGCGAGGUAGUCUGAUUGGAGUUUUUGGUGGUGUGCGCAUGUUGGGCCAGGGUAUUGGACCAGUAUUCGGUGGAGUCUUUACUGAAUACUUUGGCUAUCGAUCAGUGUUCUGGUUUUUGGUUGUCGCAUCUAGCAUCAGUCUGCUGUCUAUCAUGACCUUCCUUCCAGAAACACUCCGUCCUAUCGCCGGCAACGGAACUGUUCCUCUCAACGGCAUCCACAAGCCAUGGAUCUUCUUUAUCUUCGGACAAAAAUACGUAAAAGAAGGCUCAACUCCUUCCGAAAAGAAAUCAAAAGUCACCUUCAAGACUGUGCUAGCACCCCUCACUUUCCUCGCCGAGAAGGACGUGUUCAUCACCUUGCUCUUCGGCAGCAUCGUGUACACCGUUUGGUCAAUGGUUACCUCAUCGACAUCCGCCCUGUUUGAAGAAAAGUAUGGCCUCAACUCAAUGGAGGUUGGCCUCACGUUCAUCGGAAACGGUUUCGGAUGCAUGACCGGCGCCUACACAAUCGGCUAUCUGAUGGAUUUCAACCACAAGCGAACUGAGCGCGAAUACUGCCAACAGCACAAUCUUCCUCUUGACACUCGCAUUAACUCCAAGAGCCAUCCUGACUUCCCUAUCGAAUACGCUCGCAUGCGUAAUACUUGGUGGCUCACUGCCAUUUUCGUUGUUUGUGUCGCUGUCUAUGGAGUGUCUCUCGAUACGCACCUUGCUGUUCCGAUUAUCCUACAAUUCAUCAUUGCCUAUGGCUCCACCGCUAUCACCACCAUCAACAGUGCCCUCAUCAUUGAUCUUUAUCCCGGUGCUAGUGCUAGCGCUACGGCUGUCAAUAACCUGAUGAGGUGUUUGAUCGGUGCUGGCGGUGUUGCGGCUGUCCAACCUAUAGUUGAUGCAAUCACUGCCCGAUUUGCAUUUGUUUUGCUUGCUGGCAUUACCAUUGCAAUGGUUCCCCUUCUUAUGACUGAGAUGAAAUGGGGCUACACAUGGCGUCUUGAGCGCCAAGAACGUUUCCAAAAGAAGGAAAAUUCGGUCUAA